UAUGUUGUGGGAAAAUUUUCAGUUUGCCUAUGGUGGUGUGCUAUAUUGCUGUUCAAUGCUGUAAACUAAUUAUGCAAAAGCUUUCUCUCUUCUCCAAGUAACAAGUUUAUAUGACUAUAGUAAAUGCGAGCUCACUCGAAGGCUUGUCUUACAUUUCGAUUGAUAUACUUUUCGAAUGGAACAAAAAGAGGUUAUGAAAUGGGUGUUUUGUUGUUUUUUCCACAAAUUUGCAGAUAUCAUUUACUUGCUAUUUUGAGACAACGUUGUUGUGUGCAACGAAAAAAAAGUGUCUCAUCUUAUAAUAAGUUUACAAUCGUUAGUAAGCUGAUAACAAAAAUCCCUACUUUAUAACCGCCAUAUUGUACGGCGAAACACCGUGAAUUCGCUGCAUUUUCCUAAUUACUUCCGCUUGAUGAGGGGCUUUGCUUUCUUACCUAAAAAAACACACACAAAAAACUAGUAACCCAGGACCUGAAGGCGACAAGAUGACUGCUUUUUAACGAUCAUUUAGCACUAUCUCUUUAUGUGCGUGUGUGUGUGUGGAGGGUUUUUAUCGGUAGAGAGUUUACGCUAGCUAUAAUUAUGUUUUUAAACUCCUGCAUGAACGGUUGGCUUCUUAAGACGUAAUGAAAAACAUUAGCGUGUGCGUGAUAGGAGCAGGUACUGCGGGCCUUGCUGCAUUGAAAAACUCUCUGGAGCAUCAAUUGAAUGUGGUGUGCUAUGAACAGAGCAAGCAAAUAGGUGGCACAUGGGUAUAUGAGGAUCUUUCACCCAAUAUAGAAGAUGAAUGCGAAAUUCAUAGUAGCAUGUAUCAAGGAUUGCGAACCAAUCUUCCCAAAGAAGUAAUGGGCUACCUUGACUUUCCAUACCCAGAAUCCAUGGCCGACUCGUUUGUAAGUUCUCAUGACGUCUUGAGUUUCUUGUACUUGUAUGCAGAACACUUUGAUCUUCAAAAGCAUAUCAAGUUUCAACAUGAAGUAAUUCGUGUCCUUCCACGUACCAAUGGCAGAUGGGAGGUACAUGUUAAAAAUCGUUUGAUCGGUAAAUGCUUUGUGGAAAUGUUCGAUCGAAUCUUUGUAUGUAAUGGUCAUUAUACAAAACCGCAGUAUCCACGCAUAGAGGGCAUGGAGAUUUAUCAGGGGUGUUCAAUACACAGUCAUCUGUAUCGUGAACCAUACAAAUUUGAAGGCGAAGAUGUACUUAUUAUUGGCGCUGGGCCAUCAGGCAUGGACUUGACAAAUCAAAUUAGCAAAACUGCUAAAAGAGUUUUUCUCAGUCAUCACUUGAAGGAAGCACCUCGUACAGAUUUCAUGCCCCGUGUCACCCAAAAACCCGAUGUACAACGUUUCACAGAAUCAGGAGCCAUUUUUAAAGACGGAAGCCAAGAAACGUUCUCCUUUGUAAUAUUUUGCACUGGCUAUCAAUAUUCGUUUCCCUUUUUAAGCACUGACUGCGGCAUAUUUGUGGCAAACAAUCAUGUUCAGCCGUUAUAUAAGCACACUAUCAACAUAAAUUUUCCCACAAUGGCAAUUAUCGGCCUGCCUUUCAUGGUAUUGCCUACCCAAUGCUUUGACUUACAGGUGAGGUUUGUUUUGAAAUUUUUUAGCAACGAACAAAAGCUGCCUACCCAGGAAGAAAUGAUGGAUGCAUUACAUGAAGAUAUGCAGGAGCGAAAAGAAAGGGGUCUGACUGAAAGAGAUGCACACAAAAUGGGUGAAAAACAGUGGUUUGUGUUGUUCCAGUUUGUCUACUACCAAGAGCUAUCCAAAAUCGCGGGGCACAACGUUAAGCCGGUUAUAGCCAAAAUUAUGAAAGAUUGUAGCAAGAAGUAUAUCUUUGAGUUAGAGACCUACCGCCAGUACCAGUUUAAAGUUUUGGAUGAUGAAAAUUUCCUUAAAAUACAUGUGAAAUGAUCAAAGUUGUUGAUAAUUUCUUUACAUAAAUGUUCUUAAGACAAUUAAAAUGUUUUUUUUAAAUAACACCUUUAUAUUUUGGGAUGCCUCUAUAUUGUACGUUAGGCCUGCCCUAAAUUUGCUUAUCUCUUAUCAUUG